GUAAGGGUUCUGCCAAUUAUGGUUCUGUGUUGCUUGUUUUGUACAGAGUGCUUUUUCCAUACAUAAAGAAAUGCAGGCAUUAUUAUUUCCUUCGCUCCAGGAAGAAUUAGAUUAAAAGUGCUUGAGACUGUAACAUUGUUUCCAAUUUGUAGAUGUCACAUUUGUGACAUUUAACAGGCACUCUAUCCGGUCAUGGUGACAUGUUUUGCUGCGGUCAGGGUUGACAGUGCAUGCAAGGAACUUCAUUUUUUCCCCCUAAUUAUAAUGCUUGCACUAUGGUGAUAAUUGUCCUUUAUGUGAUUACUCCCUGGCUGUUGUGCUGGGUGGAUUUUUUUUUAAAGAUAUCCAAUUAAUAUGCUAAUGAGCUGAUAAAUAUUUAUGCCAGAUUUAAAUUAUGCAGAAAGCUUUCAGUGCACUCUGCAAAAUGAAUUGCUCACAGGACUUCAAAGCACACUCUGCAGCACUAACAAGGGGGGGAGAUUUGCAUAAGGCACUAAUCAGCUGCAUACUGAUUAAGCUUCAUUAUGGAAACUGCCAGCUGCAAUCUUUGUUUCUAUUUUAUUACAGAAAAAGGGGAACUUUUUCACACUUCAGUUGUCUUGACGAUCACAGUGUAAAAUAGCUAGCUGAGAGGCACUGAAAACUGCAGAAAUACCGAAGUUUCCUUUUGCAGUGCUGCUUUCUCGGGCUGCUGUGGCAUUACUCUUCUUGUGCUGUUAAAUUUCAGUGUCAGUUCGUAAAAGUUUGUACUCCUAAGGGGUAGUGGACUAGAUUUUCUUCACGGACUGGCUGUCAUCAUGCUGGACUGCAGUGAUUAUGCUCUAGAAUCAAGAAUGAGUAAUCCGUCAGAAACAAGUAAACCUUCAAUGGAGAGUGGGGAUAGUAGCACAGGUGCCCAAACAAAUGGACUGGACUUUCAGAGGCCAUCUGUGCAAACAAGUGCAAUCACCAAUGCACAUGCACAGGCCUUACUCCACCAGUGUAAGACAGAAGAAUCUGGUGAUUCUCAAGUCUCAAGCCAGCCCUCUGUACAAGGGGGGCUCCCACAGACUCCGCUCAUGUUGACUGGAGGACAGAUCACUGGAUUAACUCUGACGCCAGCACAGCAGCAGUUGUUAAUUCAACAAGCACAGGCUCAACUCUUGGCAGCAGCAGUGCAGCACUCGGCCAGUCAACAGCAUAACACCACUGGGGCUACGAUUUCAGCAUCCGCAGCAACCCCGAUCACACAAAUCCCAAUUUCACAGCCCAUCCAGAUAACACCUGACCUGCAGCAGUUGCAGCAGUUACAGCAUCAAAACCUGAACCUGCAGCAGUUUGUGCUGGUGCAGCCAGGCCACCCGAUAGCGACUCAGCUGCAGCCGGCGCAGUUUAUUAUCUCCCAGACCGCACCGGGACAGCAGAACCUCCUGCAAGCUCAAAAUCUUCUAACUCAACUACCUCAACAAAGCCAAGCCAACCUCCUGCAGUCACAGCCAAGCAUCACCCUCACUACACAGCCAGCGACGCCGACACGCACAAUAGCGGCGACCCCCAUUCAGUCACUUCCACAGACCCAGACGACACCAAAGCGAUUGGACACUCCCAGCCUGGAGGAGCCCAGUGACCUGGAGGAGCUGGAGCAGUUUGCUAAGACUUUCAAGCAGAGGAGGAUCAAGCUGGGAUUCACUCAGGGUGAUGUUGGGCUUGCCAUGGGAAAGUUAUAUGGAAAUGAUUUCAGCCAAACAACGAUUUCUCGCUUUGAAGCCUUGAACCUCAGCUUUAAAAACAUGUGCAAGCUAAAACCAUUGCUUGAAAAGUGGUUGAAUGAUGCAGAGAACCUGACUUCUGACCAAGCUUUGUCCAGCCCAAGUGCCCUGAAUUCCCCUGGACUGGGAAUAGAGGGGCUAAACCGCAGGAGGAAGAAACGCACCAGCAUUGAGACCAACAUAAGAGUGGCCUUAGAAAAGAGCUUUCUGGAGCAGAACCAAAAACCUACCUCUGAGGAGAUCACAAUGAUAGCCGACCAGUUGAACAUGGAGAAGGAGGUAAUCCGUGUCUGGUUCUGUAAUCGACGGCAGAAAGAAAAAAGGAUCAACCCACCUAGCAGUGGCAGUACAAGCAGCACUCCUAUCAAAGCAAUCUUCCCCAACCCAAACACAAUGGUGCCCAGCACUGCUAGCCUUGUGACCAGUAAUACGCCGACUACAUUGACUGUAACUAAUCUUGGCUUCACAGGCACAACAGGAAUUGGGCCAGCCACUACAAACACUGCGUCCGUCAUCUCGACAACACCUGUUGCUUCCUCUGCUGUGACCUCGCCUUCCUUGAGCCCUUCUCCCACGUCUCUCCACGCUCCGAUCACCGAGUCCCCGAGCUCGCAGGAGACCAGCACCACCACGCAGGCCCCUUCCUCCAUGUCUUCUCCCCUCGGCAGCGGCCAGGUGAUGGUCACCGCGCCGGGACUGUCGGCCGCUUUGCAGGGAGCUGCCACACAGCUGCCUACCAACGCAGGCCUGGCGGCUAUGGCCGCCGCAGCUGGGCUCAACCCGGGCCUCAUGGCAUCCUCUCAGUUUUCGCCAGGAAAUUUUUUUUCUUUCAGUGGUGCCUUACUUAGCCUCAAUCCAGGAACCCUUGGCAGUGCUUUAAGCCCAGCUUUGAUGAGCAACAGCACCCUUGCGACGAUUCAAGCUCUUGCAUCUAGUGGGACUCUUCCAAUAACCUCCCUGGAUGGCAGUGGAAAUCUCUUGUUUGCUAAUGCCAAUGCAGGCGGCAACCUGGUGACUGCCCCGCUGUUCCUCAAUCCCCAGAACCUCUCUCUGCUCACCAGCAACCCGGUCAGCCUGGUGUCUUCUGCGGCAGCCUCUGCGGGGGCCUCUGCUCAGGCGCUCAAUCUCCAGGUCACCUCCGCGGCAGGCGAGUCCAACCAGAGCGCGGUCACCUCCGUCGCCGGGCCUGCCGCGGCCACCACCAUCACUACGGCCUCCAAGGCUCAGUGAACUCAAGGCUCCUCUGCUUUUAUUUUUUUUUGUCCUUUUCAAUUGAUUGUUCUCUUUUGCUGCCACCAAAAAGAAAAGAAACCCACUAAAAAACAAAGCAUUUUUACUAUUUUCUCUAUCCCUCUUACCCUCCGUUGCCCCCCUACUUCAGCCUGUGUGCUGUGCCAGGAGCCUUUUCCUUCUCCCUUGGGUUUGCAACUCUGCGUACGUUAGUCCACCGUUAGCGCUGCAAGAGACUAAACCUCUGUUGCAGUGAUCCUUAUUUGUUUGUCGAAACGUCAUCUCCAAGCAGGAUCACUUAGCAUCUCAACAAAGCGGUGUGCUUUUCUGUUUCCGGCACACCUGUUCAAAAGCAGAAUGAUGACUUUGCAGAAUGAAAACGUUUUUGAUUUUGUCUUUCUGGGACUUACCUUAUUCAUUCUUCAACUAACAUAGACAAUUCUAACCAAAAAAUUAAGACUUUAUUGGCUGAGUUAUGAUACUGAAUUUGUUAUUCGUUAACAUUGCAGAAUGGUGUUUUUUUUGCUUAUCUGUUCUAGUAGGGUAUUGGUUAUUUUAUUUCUAAUCCCAGGUCUGUUGUACAGGCCUUUUUGUUUAUUAAUGGUGUUUGUUAUACUUUAAAAAAAACAGUACUGAGUUUUUGUCUUAAUUUCUGCAGGUUUAAACUUGCAGAUCUUUUUAAGUUAACGUGUGCAUACUGUUCAGAGAAUUAUUUUCUUUUAAGUUGCGUAAUCCCUGAGAUCUUAAAUGUGGUUAGGAAGCUGUCAAACUGACCUAGGAAAUAAUAUUCUGAUUAGAUCUGUUUAUAUUCUGGUUUAUGUGUAAAGGAAUAAUGCAACUUAACUGGUUUUCCUUUUUCUGUCUGUCUUGCUGGAAACACUGAUUAAGCAGCCUUUUGUACAAGUGGAUUACUAGAAAUUACACUGAUAAGUUAAUUUUUUCGGUAAGCUUUUGUAGGAGUUGUAUGCAAAAUCCGCAUACGUGCAAUCCUUUGUGAUCAUGACUAGAAGUUAGACUUGGAAAAGUUGAUGAGGGGAGUGUUUGCCAAAGGGGGGUCAGAAGAUCCCAGUAGAAUCAGCCUAUUUUUGUGGUAGCUGAGGUUCUAAGUUUUGCUUUUGAUAUAGCUAGCUGCUGAUUUAAUUUCUAGCUGUGUUUUUCAGGAAGAAGAGCAAACGUUAAAUGCACACUUGUAAUUACCUUUGCUUUUGGAAUUAGGUUUCAGUUGGUGGGUGCUUUGCACACUUUAAAAGUUAGUAUUGUGUUGCUGGGACUUAAGUGGACUCCUCAAAAUUCUCAAGCUGUACAUUUCUCAGCACAUUUAGAUCUCGAGUGCUAAUGUGUUAAACAUAGAAAUGCGGCUGUUUUAACUAAUUUCACUUUGCGAUAGAGAAAGGAGACUAAAAUGACGAAAGUGACUGAGAUUUCAGUGAUGGCUAUUGUUUAAGAGGUAAACAUUGAAAGGAAAUAUGUUUUAUUUUUGUGCAUUUAAAUUAUAGACUUUUCCUUCUACAUGUGCACAGUAUCUGUACCAAAAACGAAACUGGAUAGAUCUACAGUUCCCUUGCUUUGGAAAAAUGAUUCUGUCAUUUUCUUUAAUUUGAGAGACAUUUGUUUUCUUUCCGGGUCACACUUUAGUGUAGGGGUUGCAAAACUGUACUUCAGAAAUGGAUAAUAACCCAGUUGUUAUAGAUUUUUAAAGUAUUUAUAGAUUGAACAAGCUGCCUUCUGCAAAUAAACUUAGAGUUUAGGAGUGUUGAACAGGAUAUGGCCAGUAUUAGGGUGUUGUAACUAACUGCAAUUAGCCUGCAGUAAAGGUUGGUUGUCAUCACAUUUGUCACUCUAUAAGUACUUUAUUUAUAUAUAUAUCAUUUAUAAAAUCUUUAUAAAUAGAAUGUGCAACCCCAUUUGAAAAAGUGGUAGCUCCUUCCCUAUGUAUACCAAAAAUAUUACCUGAAUCUACUGUUAAUAACUAUAAUAUAGCAUAAGUAUACAGCUGUCAGAAGAGGCUUACUUUAGAGAAAUUAAUGCAAUAUUUUCAAUAUCCAAAGACUUUUCACUAUAGUUAAGGGAAAAUAGUAUCUCUAUUUCCUCAUUCUUCAGUGAGGUGGAGUUUUUUAAAUGCAAGAAAACGCAAUGAAAUGUUGACCUGAUGCUGAAAUUACAGGAAAGCGGGGAACUUGUGUUGCUUGAGCACUUUGUGCACCGUGAUGAAAACCCGACUCUCUAGGAUCGCGUUUGGCAUCUGAAUUAUUGGAAAUGGUUUGAACAGCUUUAGUAGCUUAGUCAGGUAUUUUGAAUGUUUAAGGUUGCCGAGACAAGUCUUGCAAAACAAUUUUGUCCCCUGUCUCUUGUAUAUUUAAUAAAUGGUGUAAUAUAGAUCUCACAAAAAUGGUUGGAUGGUCGGAGAGGGUGUGUACUGAUAAUUUUAGGGCUUAUGGUUAUGAUUUUAGUUUUUUCUUGAUGGUUAAAACGACAGAUUUCAUUGUUUUCCUGGUGAAACUAGCAAUGUUCAUCCUUUUAAUUAGGAAAAUGGACUGUAGAAUGAGAGAUCUAGUGUGGCUGUUUCCCCUAACAAUCUCCAGCCAUCUUACAAAGCUUGAACCAAAGUCAUUUUCUAGCAAGCUGCUGUACCAAUGAGAUAGUUUGUAUUAAGUGCAGUUCAUGUGCAGUGAGGAUUUUGGAUGCUACUGACGGAACAAAAAUCCCCCAUUUGCUGCUCUUAUCCUUCUUUAAAAAAACUGCUUCUUCUGGCAGAAUUACUGUUCACCUAUAGGGCUUUCAGCAUUCGAAUUUUCUAAAUGGUCCAACACUUUGAAAAACAAAAAUAGCCAGACAGUUUGUCACGCGAUUUAUAAAUCAUACAGUAAAAAUCAUGAAAAUCAAGAUUUUCAAUGAAGUGACAAUUAUUAAAGCUAACCCAUACACACAACGAACUUCUUAUAUUACAGUGGUGUAAAAUCUACAAGAAAUCUGGCUUCCUUUCCAAUAGAAAUGUCGUCAUAUGAUUUUACUGCAGGUAUAUUGAGAACAGAUUUAACAAAUUCAAACUAGGUACAGUAUGGAACCAUUUUAUCCCACCACUCUACAGAUAAGGAUUCAUCAACAAAAUUUUUGUUUAUUUUUUGCUGAUUGUUGCUGAAUACAGGGGUCUUCACAAUGCUUAAUUUUGGAUCAUUUCUGCUUUAAUAAACAGUCACAGCUCUGGAGUUGACUGUGCUAGUGCUAUUAUCUUUUAAGAUAUCAAACUUUAUUUUUUAUAUAAAUUUUAGGAACGUUACCAGUAUCUGAUUAUGGAUGAUAUAAGAGGCCCAAGAAACUGUGAAAGGACUCAACCAGAAAAUCCUCACAGUUUUUAAUUUUACUCUUCCAUUUUAUCUUUUUUAAAUGAGUCAUUAAUCUGCUGCCUUCACAACAGACAUCACAUAGUUCUCCCAAAGUGUCUUUUUUUAUAUUUGCGGAAAUGGCCCAAAAUGGAUCAAUGUCUUUAGUUUUUUUUCGAGGUGUUACACUGUACCUAGUCAUUUAGUAUUACUAAUAAUGUUCAAACAAGCAGCUAAUAUAAGUGUCUAAAAGCCCUUGUUGUACACAGCACAUUCUUUGCUUGCAUAUUCUUUUGCUUGGUUACUUAAUUUUUUUUACUUUAAUAAAAUACCUCAGCAUCACUUAGCAAAUAAGGUUCACUUUAACAUAAAGCUGUAAAACUAUGUUACCGCGACCAUUUUAGUUCUAGAAUGUAGAUGAACUGUUAAUAACUUAUGUGACUUUGCUGUACAUUUUUAAGAAAAAAACAAAAGUUUAUAGGAAAUAAUAUUGAUAAAUACUACUACUUUUGGGGUGUUCUCUUGUUAAACAAUAAUUCUUUUGUGAUCCUACUUGCCAAAGCAAACGCCUUUUUCCUCUGCAGCUCAGUUGGUUUUUAUGUGGCCUGAUACAGAGCAUGCAUCAUCUUGCCAUUUAUUAGUCCCGAUUUGUAUUUGUGUAGUUCCUUUCUCUUCAAUUAUCUUUUGGUUAACUGGUAUAGGGAGGGGAUUGGGGGAGGUGGGUGUUGAUGUUACAGAAAUAUUUAUCUCGUAAGGACAUAGGGACUUUUUUUUAUUUGUGUUAUAAAUUGAAUGUAGUGGUUUGUCAUGCUUAUUGUCAAUAACUUUUUAACUUCCUUUUAUGAUAGCAAUGCUAAAUACUUCUGUCUAGACCAAAAAAAUAAAAUAAGAACCUGCUCCUUGCACCUGAAAGGUGGACCGGAUGUUAAAAUGCUACUGUAAAAUGGCUGUUUCUGGCACUCCUCCCUGGGUGCCUUACUGGUGUACCUGGUUAAAAGGUGCUUCUGAGUGGACUGUCAUGGACUUCUAAGCACCUGAUCUUCAGCUUUUUCUGUGUUGUAUUGUUGUGCAAACGUUUCUAAGAUGAGUGGUUAACAAUCAUUUUGAUUUUAUCAUCGAAACAGACGACAAGAUCACUGGUUUAUCUAAUCAAGCUUGACGCUUCAAAAUGAAUCUUAAUAUAUAUUUUGUGUGAGUGUGUGAUGUUGGCACUGGUAUUUCAGCCUUUGCCCACUAAGAGAAUAUAAAGAUGUGCUUCAUACUUUUUUAUAUACAUACCAAACAUAUCAACAGAUAAACUAAGUUAUAAGUUCUUGAUCUUUUUUAUGAGUUGUAAAAUGCUUACAUUUUGCUUUUGAUAAUGAACCAGUGAACUUGUUCUCCCAUCUUUUGAGUUUUAAGUUAGACUUUAUUAUUUUUGCCUAGAGGAUUGGCAUUUUUGUUAUGAAAGCUUUACUGAUGUUCUUUUUUCCUCUAGACAAUAUGUGAAGGUGGUAUUAAUAGUAAUUGUAAUAGAUGACUUUACUUUUUAAAACAUGUUGUCUUGUAGAUCAUAGGAAUGAUGAGAUGAUGAAAUUGCAUAAGAAGAGCACUUGGAACAAAGAUUUUAUUAAAGAAAAAAAAUGUUCCUACAGAAACACAGAGGAAGAAAAAGAAAUACCUGUGCUUUCAUACAAACUAAGAAAUGUUCUAUUCCUUUCAGUUAGCUCUAUUUGGUUUCAUUAUCUUGACGCCAGUUGUUACUUCGUCAGCCAGAGAGCAGACUCUAGAAUUGUGGCUUUCGUGUGUGUCUAGUUGUACCCAAAAUCAUUUUGAUGAGAUUUUCUAGAGGAUAGAGUGAAACACUAGCUUUUGGGCAGGAUUGUAUUUUCUAGUAUCUGCCUGUGAAUGGAAUAGCCACAGUGUCUGUGUGCUAGUCUGUAGUUCCAAAUCUAUGUUCAUUUUAUUUAUUUAAUAUAAAUGUGCAGAUUAAGAGGUUUGUAUUAGGAGGGUUUCUUUUCUUUCUCUGUGUACUAAAGAUGGGUGUGGUGGGGUUCUUUGGUGUAUCCACUACAGGUACAGGAGCUGUUGUAUACCUCAUUUCUAACUCGUGACAGAGUGAACUUGCUUUAAUCUUCUAAAGAAAAAAAAAUAACCCCUCAGAGUGGCUUAUUCAUGUCCGCUUAGUGUACACUUGUAAGUCUAGGAGAUAUAUGUACCAUGCAGCAGUACAGUCAGUUAUAACACACAAACUCAUGAAUGUCUUAUUUAAAGGGGAAUACUGCAAUUUUAGGUUUUAUUUAAUGUUAAGAACUUGUUGCUGACCCAUAUUCUUCUGGCAUUAUUGAUUAAUUUAUAUGUAGUUUUUCAUCCCAAGUAGUUUUGUGUCUAGUAAGCAGCUUCAAGACGACACUUUCCAGUAGAUCGCAACCUUCUACUGUUAUUUUUCCAAAUUAUUCUCAAAGCAACCUCUUUAACACCAAAUGUAUACUAUUGACACUUUUUUCUCCAUUAUUCAAAAUACAUUGUGACACCAAAAGUUAUGUUUUAAUUUUUGACAAUCCUUAUUCCAUUACCUGUUGAUUUUUUGAAUGUAGAUGUUGGUGUGAUUGUACUGCUAGUGUGGUUGUAGAUCCCAGACAACUUCUUCAGAGAAAACCAAAGACUUCUUAUUGAUUGUAUGAACUAAACAGUCUUCAGUCCUACAUCAGCCUUUAUCUUACAAAGAGACACGUGAGUAUCAAACUGGGGUGGUACACGUUUUUGUGUGAUUCUGAUUGCGUAAGAAAUAAAGGCCUGUUGUUGAUGUAUAUAAAUAUUCAUAAUUAACCUCUCCUUGGGUAUAGGCAGAAUUUGUCAUUAUAUGUAACAUUUAAGAUUGAUCAAGUAUUUUUUACCCAUUAAAUUUCAAGUAGUGUUCAGAAUUCCCAUGCAUUUGUUAACUCUUGGUUCUUUAGCCUUCAUUGGGUCGUAAAGGAUCUAUGACAUCUUUGACUGACGAUUUUACAAGAGUAUUUACAGGUUAACAUGUGGCUGUCUUUGUCUAUGUCUGUGUAAGCUGCCUAUUAAUCAAGGAGGAGAUUGUCUCCUAAGAAUGACAGACCCUCAGGUGCUUUGCUACUGGUUGGGGGACUGAAGACAGGGGAUGUAAUUGGCUACUCUGAUGGGUACUUAUAUUAACCCUUUUGUGGGCUGGGUGAUAUGAAUUAAUACACACUGAGGUAUUCUCCUGAGCGCACUGCAAAUGCUUAGGAGAAACUGUUCUUAAACUGCUAGCUUUUUGUUUUCUGGGGUUUUUUCUUUUAUUUUACUUUGUUCCUUCUACACUGUUCCACUGUGCAACUAUGCAUUGUAGUCCUCAACCUUAUGCUAGAUAGAUGUCUGUAAAUGUUCUUGUGCAUUGGUAAAUGAAGGAUUUUUAACAGAUUUUUUUAACUUAGUGGGGGGUUGUAGGAUCUUACAAGCUCUAUCCCAAAGCAAAAAUCCAAAUAUUAAAUGUUCGCCUGACGCAAAUACCAAAGAUUUGUUUCUUCUUGCAAAACCUUAGGCUUGUGUAUUAAAUGCAUUUACCCAGCACUUGCAUUAGUCUAACCUCAGUAAUUCCAAAGCUUAGAUGUAUAUUUUGGUAUAUUUCUGGGAUAAUUAAAAGGUUUUGUGUCGUUUUAAGAAUUCUUGUUCGUUUUGGUGUAUUGCUCUCUUCAGUCAUAGCAUGGAGAAAAAAUAAUGAACUGUCUUACUCUUGGUAGUUUAAAAAUAGUAUUUUUGUAUGUUUUGGGUGUGUCAAUGUACGUGAUAUCAGUUUUCACUGCCCGGUUACCAUGAUUUAAAAAAGUGUACAUAUUAAUUCAGUUGUAGAUUUCACAGGAUGUGCAUUCUGUAUACUUGCAUUUUCACCCACUGCAGUUAUAGCUGAAGGAUUGUGUCCCCCUUUUAAAAUGGAUCGAUAAAAAUUACUUGUUCCCUUUUAUCUUCCUAUUGGGAUUGAUACACUGUAGCUCUCUAUUUGAAGCCUCUGUAAUUUUUUGUUUGUAUGUUACAGUUUACACUAUACCUAAAAAUACCAGACCACACUAGAAAUGUGGAUUAGUGCUUCAAAAACAGCUACAUGGCUGUCUUUAAUUCAAAGAGUGGGGACACAGUUCUUUAUUGCUGUCGGUUUGAAACCGCUACAACAUGGUGGCUUAGAUCAGAAAGAUUGUGUAGAAAUUUAAUUAUGUGAGUCAGGAUAAAUGGUAGAUUUGUGUAGAUGCAUUUGUCUGCUGUAAUUUUUAUAUAUAUAAAGAUAAUCUUUUACUGUAACUGUACAGUACUCUUUUGUUGUAAACAUCAUUAAACCAUUUUCCAAGUGUUUUAACAUUG